UGUUGCGUUCUGUUCAUUCAGUCGCGUUUGUGCAGUGAAAGUGUGAGCAGGAUCGAGCGCGACGCGCAAACGGCAAACGCGAGGGUUACCCCGGCUCCCCCUUUUUCCCUGCGACAUGUUUGUGUUCGGGCACUUAACUGCCUGCUGACACACACAGGAUACCUGCGAAUAGAAGUGAUACUGAGCCCCACACCGGAACUGUCCAAACCUGGUCAAUAAUAUGUACCAGAGCACGCGGUGCAACAGUGUUGUGAUCGCGCCGUUUUCCAGCCCCUGCGCUUAGAAUUUCUAUUCGACUCCUGCUGCGACGCCCGAUGACACAUUGUCCAGUUUGCAAACAAAGCGCGCGCGCUGCACAAAUAUCAGGAUAAUAAAAGUUUUAUUAGUGUUUUACCGUGAUAAACUAGUAAAUAAAAACAUAAAUAUUAUAUUGUUUUCACCGCAAGUUCUACGUUUGUAUCCAUUCCAGUUUCUUAUGUCACUAAAGUUGUGACUUAAGUUGUUUGGUAAUUAAAUAACUACAAAAUUCGCACUAUAUGCUCUGGUGUCAGUUGCGUUUAGGAUGUGGUGGCGUGCGCUGCUGCUCGUCAUAGUGACCGUACUGCUCGUCGGUUCCACGGAAGGUGAUACACUGCAGGUAGGACAGUCGAUGGACUUGAUGAGUCGGUAUGGAUACCUAGGAAUAACAAUGAAAGUGGUCGGGAGAAAUGAAUCCGACGCCGGGUGGAUAUUCAGGGAGCCGACUUAUGAUGUUUUUGCCAAUUUGGAACCGCUCACAGUCCACGAGACACGCAGCGCUAAGAAAAACACAUUCGAUGGCGAAUUUCAUAUGGAAUUCUGUGAUAAUCUCGUGCAAUUAAUGCAGGCGUACUUCAGGGAAUUCUCAUUCGAAGGUUUGGAUAAACCGUGGUUAGCGUUUACUAAUGGUUGGAAUUCCCCGGAGGUAAUCGCGCGGAAUAUGGGUAUAAAUUCAUCCUUCGUGCACAAAGAUUACUGUUAUGUGUUAGUGCGACUAUCCCGAUUUUGGGACACGGUGAAAUUAGCUAGGAUACCAAACAAUGUCAACCUGCUGGAUUCGAUGGCACAAGAAAUCAACAAUAUCUACGUGGAUAAUGUCACCAGUGUGCUGAUGUUCACGAAGAGGGUCGGUACACAUUACAUCAAUUCUUUCGUCACUGGCAACUCAUUAUAUCAGGUGUUCGUCUACCGGAAACCAGUGUAUCUACGAAUUCGCGAACGGUUGAAGACGCGUGGCAUAUCGAAUCUCAGUCCGGUCGAGUUAUCAAACUUUUUCAGUCCGUGGUAUGCGGAUCACAUGGGUCAAAUUAAAGUAGCCAGCGGUAACAAGACAGUUCAGAAUUGGGCGGCGCAAAAAUUGGCCGUUCAUUACUACAUCUUCACUUAUCCCAGCCUGUUGAAAAUUCACGGUGAUCCGAAGCUGUUGAGUGAAUUGAACGGGAUGUUACAAAACGAGGCGCUGCUGCAGUUGGAACUCAAAAGACUGACUCCCGUAUUUAAAGACCCCGUGAAGCGUGAGUGGUUCAACGAGAUACUUAGCAAUUAUCUCAACCUGCUGGAGGUGAACAGCUGAAGGACAUCCAUUGCGGUCGAAUGUGUUUAUUGCUACGUCACGUGAUAUACGUUUGUGAUAAAAUGGUACUUCUAUAACCAGUGAAAAAUGAACGCUCCUGCGUUCGUAUUUAAUAGGCACCUAUAUGUAAUUACUUUUUUUAUAAUUUUAUUAUAAACAUGUCAGAAUUACGAGAAUGCGUUAGUCGAGUAGUGAGUAAGUAAAUUAUGGCGGAUGCGAAGUGUAUAAAGUUGUAGGGUUAAUCAAACUUUUUGAAGAGAGACAUCUGAACGCCCGCUUGAAGAUCUCGAUUCGCUUUCUUACCGUUUACGACUAAUAUUAGCGGUGUCUCGAUGCGAAUUAGACGGAACUUGUAUUCCUGGAAUUUCACCAAACGCACAAACAAUUAAAAUAACCAUAUUUAGAGUAAGAUAUUGGAUCUUACUUCGCUCUUGUACUUAAAAUCGAUAUCUGAUAAGUAGGGUUCAGGAAUGGCGACCGAGUGUCCUAUGAUAACGCCUUUGCCGUCGGCUAAAUUGUAUAUCGUAGCAACAACACAAGUUCCUAUUUUAUCUACCAAACAAAAUGUGCUGUAAAUGAGAGAACCGAAGUGUUAAAAACACGUUGAUUAAUAUAAACAAGCGUAUUUUCUAAAUAUGUAAAAUGCAAAUAAUAAAAAAAUGAUUUACUUUUAUUACUUACAA